CCAAACGAUCGCAUUCGAGUGCACAAGUGUGGUAUCUGGUCCUGCGUUUCGUCGGCUUCGGGCGGGUGUUUGUCGGUUGGCUCCACAUUCGAAUUCGGUUUCGCAGCGGGUGGUGAUAUAUCGAACUAUUGGUGAUUAAUGAGACGAAUUCAGAUUUUUAUGAGAUUUUUUUUUAUUUUGAUUAACUGGGAUUGCCAAUGGUGGCUUGAAGAAAAAAUGUUCGAUCUGGAUUCUGACUUGCGGUGUGCACUAAAGGAUACAGGUGUCGGUGGAUAUCUGGAGGAGAAAAAGGAAGAGUUUGGUCUAAUAAUAAUCAGAUUCUAUAUGUGUGUGCACAUGGUUCCCAAUCGAGGGAUGAACUGAAGCAACCAGACGAAACCGAAGUGAGCGUCGAUUGUGGUAAACGAAGCAGGCCAUUCCUGGUCAGGAGUCUAGUGAAGAACAGUGUUUCCAUCUUCCAAGUUACAUUUCAAUGCUUUUCAGUUCGCUCUCAGUUAUCAGAGUGGUAACAAAGGAGAAGGAUGCGAUUAGUAUUCCGUGCCGCGAAUUCGUCGGUGUAAAAAAGGGGGGAGCGUAUUCUCCUCUCUCGGCUGUUUGUGGGGAAAGUGCUGUUAUCGAUUUGGUUGGUUUCCCAGUGCCACAAAGAGCAGAUUUUUAUGAUUACUCUUCAGGAUUAAUUCAUAUUCGCGUUGGAAUAGUACAGCUAAAAAUAUGAUCAACACCGUGUGAAAAAAAUCAGUCAACUUCGGUAAUCUGUGACGUAAAUCGGCAAAACGGUGCUGUCGUCAGUGAACGACAUCAUGGUGAAGAGAAUGGAUUAAUUGCAGUGGAGCAGUGGAGAGAAAGGUCAUCUUAUGCUGUGCAGUGAUUUGGAAGGAAAAACUUACAUCGAAGUGUUCCAAACUUGCCAGCAAAACAUAUCAAAAAGCAAGAUAAUAACAACCGCACCACCAUCCGGAUAGUAUAGUCGCAGAAUUAAAAGUGCUAAACAUCCAGUUUCAUGAAUUGUACAAUCAGUGUUGUUCGGUCGCGGCUUCUAAUUGGCACCUCUACAGAUCAGAAGCAACCAAAUUUAUCCCGUUCGUUGUGUUACUCCCUCGUGUGUCAUCACCCGAAUUCAUCGGAAAUUCAUAAUAAAAUGUGCGCGUGUGUGUUGUAUUGAAAUGCGAACCAUUCGUGGCUAAUCAAUUGAAUCUAAAACCAAACAAAAAAAAAUAGAGAGUAAAACACUGAUGGUCAGUUAUUAUCAAUUGAAAAUACCAUCGAUGAGUGGCGUGAAAAGAAAAUCCCGCCAAUAAAGUCGCACCGCGGUGGCACGCUGUUUCGGUGUUGUUUGCCUUGUCGCGGGGGCUCCUCAGCCCCCGCUGCAAACCACCAAAAAAGCAACACGUCGACAAUCGAUGACCACAUUGUCGACUAUGCCACCGAGGACGAAGCUUUGACCAACAGCACAACCGAGCUAUAUCACUAUCAACAACAGCAACAAUCAUCUAACCUUAGCACCACCGCAAACAGCAACAGCAAAAACGGUAGCAACAUUAGCAACAAUCAACUAGAAUCGCUCACCGAAGAGACACAAGCUUUGAACCCAGAGCAACUGCAGCAGCAGCAGCAACUGCAUCAAUCGCAAUCAGGGCAGCAGCUCAAGUUGCCGCACAUUGAAGAAGAGGAAGACGAUGAGUUUGAUAUUGGUAUGCAACAUUUCCAUAAUCCCUUGCUACCAUCCCGCAUUAAAGCAUGUACAAUUCGCUAUGCAGAUGUCGUACGAUCGUUGACCCCGUCGCCGAAAAUCAGUAUCAAUCGCAUCAAGAUCAAAUCGAAAGCGAAAUCGCUCGCUUCAGCAAACAGCAGCAGCAGCAGCGCCAACGCAGCAGCAGUCGCACUAGCCGCAGCGGCAACAGCAGCAGCUAGUGACUUAGAAUCCAGCAGCAGCAGCACCAACAUCUCCUCGUCAACGAGUAAAAUGCAAGCCGAGCAGGGUUCGAUUGGCGACCUGCAGAAGUACCACAGCCGGUAUCUGAAGAAUCGACGGCACACGCUGGCGAAUGUGCGUUUCGACGUCGAAAAUGGCCAAGGUUCACGAUCACCGCUGGAAGGUGGAUCACCAGCAGCCGCCGCUGCCGCCGGACUGGUACUGCAGAAUCUACCUCAGCGGAGAGAAUCCUUCCUGUACCGGUCCGAUUCGGAUUUCGAGAUGUCGCCGAAGUCGAUGUCGAGAAACUCCAGCAUCGCCAGUGAAAGAACUGAUAAAUUUUCUAGACUCAAAGAAGUGGAGGCACCCACGAUAACCAGCACGGAACGAACGCAUGUGGAAGAUCUGAUCGUUACACCAUUUGCGCAAAUUCUCGCAAGCCUACGUUCGGUACGGUCGAACUUCUUCAACUUGACAAAUGUUUCACCGCCCAAAUCAAAACGAAAUAACGUGCAGGUGACACCGGUCGCGAAGGCACUCACUCCCGGGGACGAGUCGUAUGUGAAGCUGGCUUUGGAUACGAUCGACGAGCUGGACUGGUGCCUCGAUCAGCUGGAAACGGUACAAACGCACCGCAGCGUGUCGGACAUGGCGUCCUUGAAGUUCAAGAGGAUGCUAAACAAGGAACUAUCACACCUUAGCGAAUCUAGUAAAUCUGGCAACCAGAUCUCUGAAUAUAUUUGUUCAACUUUCUUAGAUAAACAACAAGAGCUGGAUAUCCCUUACAGCAGAGAUGAUUCGGAUUCUCACAAUCCCAGCUCAUUUUCCCGUAGCCGGUCGCCCCGGAUGGGUGAACGAAUGUCGCAAAUCUCGGGCUUCAAGCGACCAUUGCAGCAUACCAACUCUUUCACCAGUGAUCGAUUGCCACAGUACGGAGUCGAUACGCCGCACGAACAUCAGUUGGGGCCGGUUCUCAACCAGAUCGACACCUGGGGCAUCGACAUCUUCAGAAUCGAAACUCUAAGCAACAAUCGACCACUGACCUGUGUAGCUUUUGCUAUAUUUCAGGAACGGGAUAUACUGAACACUCUUAUGAUACCAUCCAAAGUUUUUCUAGCGUUUAUGACAACCUUAGAAGAUCAUUAUGUUAAGGAUAAUCCAUUUCACAACUCGCUGCACGCGGCGGAUGUGGCGCAGAGCACGCACGUGCUGCUGAAUACGCCGGCCCUAGAGAAUGUAUUUACUCCGUUAGAGACCUGCGCAGCACUAUUUGCCGCCUGUAUACAUGAUGUUGAUCAUCCCGGAUUAACCAAUCAGUUUUUAAUUAAUUCAAGUUCAGAACUAGCGAUUAUGUAUAAUGACGAGUCCGUACUAGAGAAUCAUCAUUUAGCAGUUGCAUUUAAACUCUUGCAAAAUGAAGACUGCGAUAUACUACGCAAUAUACAGAAAAAACAACGUCAAACAUUUCGAAAGAUGGUAAUCGAUAUGGUGCUAUCAACGGAUAUGUCGAAACACAUGACACUGCUAGCCGAUCUGAAAACUAUGGUGGAGACUAAGAAGGUCGCAGGAUCUGGAGUCUUACUGUUAGAUAAUUAUACUGAUAGGAUACAGGUAUUAGAAAACUUGGUACACUGCGCUGAUCUCAGCAAUCCCACCAAACCGUUACCAAUGUACAAACGAUGGGUUGCCAGGCUGAUGGAGGAGUUCUUCCUGCAGGGAGACAAGGAACGGGCCGCCGGCAUGGACAUCAGUCCGAUGUGCGAUCGGCACAACGCGACAAUCGAAAAAUCGCAAGUUGGCUUCAUUGACUAUAUCGUACAUCCGCUGUGGGAGACUUGGGCGGACCUGGUGCAUCCCGAUGCGCAGGACAUCCUGGACAUGCUGGAGGAGAAUCGUGAUUACUAUCAGAGCUUAAUACCACCUUCGCCGCCCGCACUCGAUGAAGCGGAAGAUAAGAUUCGUUUCCAGAUGACGCUGGAAGAAGAAAGUGCUUCGGAAAAUGAUGAAUCAAAUCGCGAGGAAAAGCCCUAGGAAAACCGCACAUCAUCAUCACCCCGCCGCUCUCCCCUAUCAUAACGAAAUAUACAUUUAAUCAAGAACUUUACAACAAACUAGGCAUAUACUCAUCAUACUUAUGUAAUCACGUAUGCAAAUCAGUACCCGAAGAAGAAGGAGGAGAAACAAUGGAAGCAAAUAGCGAAUCGAGGUAUGCUGUAAGGGAGAUCUAUACAAAACGAAAACCAAAACAAACAAACAAGCAAAGCAACAAUAACACACAUGGACACAUACAUCAAAAAACAAACGUACAUACACACACAUACACGACGCCAGGGCUGGUUCCCUGCGUUCAAUAUAUUUAAAAUCAAUAAUUGUAAUUCGUUAAUAAUUUAUUAGACAUUUUAUGAUGAGCAACAGAUGUUUUGUACGAUAAGUUAUUUUAUUUUUGAUACGUCUGAGAUGUAUAUGUUGAAACCAAAACAAAAGAAACAAAGGAAAAUUAAAAGAACAAAGAAGCAAACACACCACACGAAUAGCGAAAUUUAUAUCCAAACCAAAAAAUGCAUAUAAUUUAGUGAUUGUAAUAGUACUAAGUACGCAGAAGACAGGGAGACUGAUCUGCUGGAAAUUUCAAGGAAAUGUUCAGAUCGCCUCCUUACAGGUAAAUUUUUCUUGGUUUCGCUUUUUAAAAUGUUUGUUCUGUAUAAUUACUUAACGUGAAAAGAAGACAGAUCCACAAUGUGUCGAGAGGAAGGUUGUUUUUCUUUAUUGCUGCGAUUAUUUCACGAGAAGAAAGUUCCCUAGUAUUUUGGGUUAAUUGGGCAAGGCUACUGUUUUGUGGAGGUUUUUGUGCAAUGAUAACGAAGGUGUGCCGAAGAGCUAGAAGCAGGACAAGCAAACGCAGAUUCACGUUAAAUUGUCGAGAAGCGUUGAUCGAGAGAAGAACAGAUGACAACCAAAUUGAUCACACUGUUGAUGAUAUUAUACGGUAAAACACAGAAGAAAACAACUAUCUUAGAUCGUAAGUAGUUAUAAAAUAGAAGCAAUAUCAGAGCAAGGAAGUAACAAGCGAAGAAUGUUUAACGUCAAAUUCUAUUUGGAUAAUAUUUGGAAAUUGAUUCUCUGUGUGAAUUUAUUUCGCUCGUUGUCUGAUUCAAACCGUGUUUGCUAGGAUUAGGUUUCCCUCUAUUGCGUAGGUAGUUACCACAACCGAUUUUUUAGGAGAAGAAAUUGGCAAAAUUAUGGUUGAAAAAUGGCCUUUCCAAUUCGAUCAAACCUGAUCGGUGGUAAAUUUUGACGCAUGUAGGAGCUUAUUUAGAGGUUAUUAGAAGCAAAUUUCUUGUUCGGUUCUCUAUAUCUCAACUUGAAUAGCAAGUGCUUCUAAAUUUCUGAAUUCGAUGUGCACUUCCGAGCUUCUUAGCGUAUGCAGGAAAUGAAAGGUUUUAUGAGAAACUGUAUUCGAAAAAAUGAGAUACAUAAAAAUGACCUCCAAAAAAUCAUCUUGAUUGAGUUUCUACUUCGAUGGUUUUUUGAAAAUACUCUCCAUAACCCAAUGCCCACAUUUUGUGCUUGACACCAUUCAUCAGGUUUUAAGCUUUAGCGUGGCCGAUUCGUUUUGAUACUCUUACCCACUGUUUCUUCAAACGAGUUGCACUUGCUUCUUUUUCUUAUGACGCUUAUGCUAUUACGACUUCUGUAUCUUUCAUAUUCGUUUCUUCAACAUACAUAUGCUAUUAGAUUUCUAUAAUU